CGGUCUUUUUAUCGGGUUAUUAUUCUACCGAGUGUCGACUGUAGUUUCUCUUUCGUUGAUCGUAUUACAUUUUAACAUAUUGCUAGAUUAAAUUAAAGUAAUUAAGCGAAGUUAUUAAAGGUGUUGUAAACUAUUAAUUAUAAAAUAAACAUCAGCUCUUUUAAGCAAUUAUCUAAUUUAGUUCAAUGCUUUUUAAAAGGUACACAUGUACAAACAAAUUAAGUGAAUGAAAAUCAUGUCCGUUCAUUAUAAAUUUAAAUCAGCCAUUUCUUAUGAUACUAUCACUUUUGAUGGUCUUCAUAUUUCUCUAAAAGAUUUAAAGAAAGCAAUUCUUCACCAGAAACAAAUAGGAAAAAAUACAGAUUUUGAUUUGCAAGUUACAAAUGCGCAAACUAAUGAAGAAUACACUGAUGACCAAACAUUAAUUCCCAAAAACACUUCCUUGGUGGUCUCGAGAAUACCUUUAACAGCACAGCAAAAGAAAGCAUGGGAGAGAGCAGAGCAAAAUAAUCAGCUUGUUCUUUCAAAACAGAUUUCUAAUUUGGAUUCACAUGAUGUAGAUACUUCAAAACUCAAGGGUGCUGAUUUACUUGGGUCAAAUGCAAGUGAAGAAGAUAAAAUUAAUGCUAUGAUGGCACAAUCUACUCAAGAAUAUGACCCAUCUAAUUUUGUGAAAAUUCGAGGGGGUAAUCAGUUUGGUGAAGUACCUUCAAAUUAUGUAUGUCAUCGAUGUCAUAAUCCUGGUCAUUGGAUAAAAAAUUGUCCAAAUAACAAUAUUACAUCUGAACCUAUGGAUAUUAAAAAAGCUACAGGUAUUCCAAGAGGUUUUCUUGUCCCAGUUGAUGGUCCAUCAGUACCAGGAGCAAUGUUAACUGGUCUAGGAACAUUUGCCGUCCCAAGCAUUGAUCAGGAAGCUUAUAAAGAGAGCAUGAAACCACAUAAAAAACAAGAAACUGAAGUAGAAAAAGUAAUGAUACCAGAAGAUUUGUUAUGUAGUUUAUGUUCAGAUUUACUGAAUGAUGCAGAUAUGAUGCCAUGCUGUGGAACGUCAUUUUGUGAUGAAUGUAUUCGUAAUGCUCUCUUGGAAUCUGAAGAAAAUGAAUGUCCCGAUUGUCACGGUAAAGAAAUAUCUCCUGAAACUUUAAUCCCAAAUAGAUACCUUCGAAAUGCUGUAAAUAGUUUCAAAGAUAAAACUGGUUAUAGCAACAAAAGAAUGGAUGGUAUCAAAGGAAAAAUAAAUGAGUUAAAAAGUGAAAUAGUUCCAACACCUGUGAUUCAGGAAGAACAAAUUAAAGAAGGAAUUUGCCUUUCAGAAGUAGUCAUUCCGGCUAGUACUCAAUUGCCUACGUUUGACCCUUCAAUUGAAGGAGAUACUAAUGAAAUAUAUCAAAAAAUUUCUGCUGUCGGGGACUCAGUGUCUGUAGAAAAAAAUCGUCAUAAAAACUAUUCAUCAACUGGGACAAGGCAUAAUUCUCACAAUCAUACUUUCAAAUCCCAAGUUCAAUCCCAAGCUCAGUCUCAAGCCUCAUCUGUAUCUGGGAACAUUAGUGAUCGACCAAAUAACACUAAUAUACUUCUUCCCACGAACAAUAUGUACCAAAAUGCUCGCCAUCCUAUUUCAAAAUCAUCAGAACGAAUGUCCCAUGUACCACGUUAUAAUCCCCAAUCCAUGUCUAUCCCUCCUCAUCCUCAUUUACGCCCUUGUUUGCCUGUAGGACCUGCUGAUUUAACGGUUCCACCACCUCCUUUUGCUCAUCCACCACCAAAUAUUCAAUCUGAUGUUGGAUAUAAUCAAAUGCAACCUAUACUCAACCCACCACCUCCUGGAUUAGAUCAAAAUAAUAGUCCAGCUAAUGUAUCAUCUGAUGAAGGAAUGCUUCCUCUUGAAUCAUCUCAUCAUCAAUUAGACAAAUUUGAAAAUACAACUGGGUCAAUUCAAUCUGUAAUGAGAAAUGAUUUUUCUAGUAGUUACUAUCAACCAAUGCCAGGCUAUGAACAAUAUCCCAUGCACGUAGAUAUGAGAAAUCGAGGUUACAGUCGAGGCUACAGGAGACCUUCUCGUGGACAGCAUUUAGGGUCAAGUUAUCGUAAUGGCGGAUCAUAUGUAGGGGGUAAAAGAACUAUAGAUGAUCCAUUAGCUAUGUUUCAACGUAUAUUAAGAGAGCGAGAUAAUAAAAGACGUGAUUUAAGAGGACGGCAUUCUUUAUCUCGAUCAAGAUCUCGGUCAAUAUCCAGAUCAAGGUCUCGAGAUCGUUCACGUAGUUUAAGUCGUUCACCUGCUCGAAUUAUGAAACGUAGGACACGUUCAAUUUCAAGGUCUCCACCUCCACGGAACCGUUCAAUAAGUCCAAGACGACGUAGUCGUACACGUUCUCGAAGCCCAAUGAGAAAACGCAAAAAGAGUUUAACACCAUUAAAAAGAGUACCCGUUAAGUCUAGGAGAAGAUCACGUAGCUCUAGUCGUGACCAGCCUAGUCGGAGAUCAAGAUCUUUGUCUAUUCACAGAAGAUCUCGAACUAGAUCUAGAUCUCCUGUUCACAGAAAUCGAUUAUCACCAUCACCUCGAUUUAGAUCAAGAUCACCAUCAUUUUAUUCUUCACCAACAAAAUACAGCAAUUAUCCAAGAGAGGAGGACAAUUAUGGGGCUAAAGCAAAUUGGCGUGGGCGUGGUGGUUCUUGGAACAGAGGAAAUCAACCUUACCAUCAAACACACAGGUAUCAAAGGUCAUUUGAAGAACACACAGGUCAAUUUGAUGUGGCUCUCGAUCGAUCAGACGACUACGUUGCUUCUUAUCCCCAAUUCGAUCCUCAUUAUGCAAUGGAUCCUAAUUUAGUGUGUGAUUGGGAUGAAAUACGAGACAAAGAGAUGAGAGAGAGGGAAAAAGAAAAAAAGGAAGAAGAAGAGAAGCAAAAUGCUAAAUCAAAAAGCCGAACUCCAGUUAAAUAUCACAAGGUUGAUAAACAAAAUUUUUCUCCUGAAAAAAAUCAUAAGGAUUCUGAUAAAAAAGAUAAAGGAAAGAAAAAAAAGAAAAAAGAUACUGACGUUGAUAAAAAAAAGAAAAAAAAGAGCAAGGAGAAAAAAGAUAAGGAAGAUGGCAAAAAAAGUGAAGAUAAAGAAGUUGAUGACCAAAUUGGAAGCAAUAAAAAUCAUGAGAUAAAUUUAAUGUUAGAAGAUCAAGAACCGGCAGCACCUGGUACAUCGGAGUCUCCUCCUCCUUUUGAGAUUGUCAGUAAAGAAUCAAACAGCGAAGAAAAAAUGUCUGAUGGUCUUUACGGAGACUUGGGUGAAGAAGCUACGGUGGACACUAGCUGGGGUAGCUAUACGCAAAGUCUUGAAGAGACAACUUCGACUCCUUCUAAAUUAGAUACAAAACAAGAAAGCUCUAAAGAGCCGGAAGUAUUAGCCGAACUUCCUGAACGUUCUAAAUGGGAAGUCGAAGAUGAAACAAAUAUAGCGGAUGACAAAAUAUUCGAAGAAAAAAUAAAAGAAAAAAGUAUAACAGAUACAAUUGGGACAAAUAUUGAUAUCAAUCAUAGAUCAGUGACUAAUGAGGUACUUAAACGGGCUGAAAAUGCCAUUUUCCAAAAGACCAUUAGAACUUUGGAUGGUAAGAAGAUUGUUAUGUCUGACAAUACUAAAGAUAAAAAAACAGAUACAGUAAAAGAAAAAAAAUCUGAAUCCGAAAAAUAUAAUAAAGAAAAGAAAACAGAUAAUAGUAGUAGAGAUAAAAAAUUAGAUACGACUAAAGAUAAAAAAACAGAUUCUAACAAAGACAAGAAAAUUGAAGUUUCAAAGGAAAAGAAAAUGGAAAAUGUUAUUAAUAAAGAUAAUAAAAAACAAGACAUGGAAAAAGAAAAAAAAAUAGAUAAAAACAAAAGAUCGGACAUUAUAGAAAAAAAAUCGGGAGUUCUAAAUAAAGAAAAUAAAUCUAAAUCGUCAUUGGUGUCCCAAAGGGAUUCGUCUAAACACAGAGAUAAAAAGGAAUCUGAUAACGUUUUGGAUUCGCUGACUAUUCAAAGGGAAGCACGUAAAGCCGGUAACUCCAUACAAAUCACGAUACCGACAGACACCGUUGAUGAUAAAAAAGUUAAAGAAAUACCUGCUAAACGCAUAUCGGCAAAAGAUAGGUUAGGUGAAAAGAUAGAGGAUAAGGACGACAAAAGGUAUAAAUCCAGUCGUAGCGAAAAACGAAGGGCUUCAAGAUCUCCUAUUCGCGUUCAUUCUACAUUAAUAGUACCGGAACCGUUGUCUAGGAAAGUUAGAGGUUCUUCUAAGAGCCGUCGUGAUGAUGUAAGCAGAGUUCGUAGGGAUAAAAGUAGUGGUAGAAUAAGUCAUCGACACCCAUCUCGGUACGACGACGAAAAAAAAUUAGAAAAUUCGAGGAAGAUAGAAGAAAGUCGUAAAGUCGUUAACAGAGCAGACAAUAAACAUCAUAGAACAACUGGAUCAGAACAUCCAAGAAGUUCUCCAUUAGUUAAGAAAGACGAUCGAUCGACUAGAGUAAAAGAAGAGAAACGGUCAGUUAAGGAAGAAAAACUUGACAGAACUGUUAAAAGAAAAGCUAAGUCAAUUGGAAAAGAAUCGCCACCCGAAAAGAAAGAGCGCAGAAAUCGGCGACUGGAAUCUGAUCGAAACAACGACGAACAAGAAGACGAGGAAGAUGAAGUGAUUAAAAAUCCUAUCAAAAAUAACGAAUCGGAUGAAUCGAAUGAUUCAUCGUCAAGUAGUUCUAGUAGUUCGUCUGAUUCAUCGCCAGUAAGGACGAAGAAGAGGAAGAAGAACAAAAAACAAAAGAAAAAAAAACAUGUCAAGAAGAAGAAAGUAGUUGUUAGUAGUUCAGACUCAGAUUAUUCAGAUUCAUCAUCUGAGUCUGAAGAAGAAAGUACCAAGCAAAAGAAAAAGAAAAAGAAAGAACAGCGAAGUAAACAUAAAACUCAUAAAAAAUCCAUAAAGAAGAAGAAAAAGUCCAAACACAAAUAAACACAACUUUUAUUAAAUGUUCUAUCGCCGUUAAUAGCUCGACUGCUCAUGUCAUACAUUGAACAUAUUAAGAAACAAUUUUACAUUUAUUGGGGUUUUCUUUUAUUUUCUAUUUAAUAAUAUGUUUUUGUUUUUAUUUUAUAUAACUACAAACAAUAUUUUAACUUUGCGGUUUUCAGACUUUUGUAUAAAUUUGUUAAAUAUAUAUUAAGAUGUUGCUUUAUGUGUAAGAUGGUACAUCACUAGCGAUUUUUUUUUAUAAAAUAUAAUUUAUAUAUAUAUUUUUUUGUAAAUAUUGAAAUGAACUGUAAUUAUGUUAUUUAACUACUGAAAUAAUAGAUGCAUGUAACUUUGUAUUAUAUUUGACAUAAUAUAUUGUUUAAAAA